AUGGCAUUUCACGCAGCACGCGUACCGUCUCUGCUUCCAAGCGUACCCAUUCGCAUCUCAGAGACGGUCAGAGCGCGCCUUCCCCAGCCGCACCUCUUUGCAGACAGAUCCCACCUUUCCCGGCCAGAACUCCCAGGCGUCAGCCCGCAGCGCCCCGUCACGAGCGCCGCCGAUGGUGCAAGAAAGCUGCUGCUGGAGGAGAGCCCUUAUACCGAGCCUUCCACUGGCGAGGAUGCGUACAGUGCGGCGGUGCUUGCGCCGACAGCAGCAGAAGCGCCGGCUUCAGAAGUUGAUGGAAGGAGUGGGGGAAGCGGCGCCGAUGGCGGCGAGACCGAGCGCCACACUUCGACUGGCGGAGGGGACGGGGAAGUGGACGGGGGAGACGACGGCAGAGGGGGCGGGGGAGGGGGCGGGGGAGCCGACGGCGGUGGGGGCGGGGGAGGGAAUGGGGGAGGCGACGGGGGAGGGGACGGGGGAGGGGACGGUAACGAGGGGAGCGCGGAGAGCCGCCCGCCUGCCACGUGGUGCGAUAACGAGGCUUGCUUACGUGGCGCGCUGCUGGAUCGCGCGCCCGCCGUCUACCUCACGCGCCACGUGUACCUGACCAACGGCGAGCUGCCAGCUGUCAGGCACACGGUGGCCGUGACGGGCUUGUGUUCGUCGGAUCAGUGCACGAUCGACGGCCAGGGGAAGUCCAGGAUCUUCUCCGUUCAAGCAGGCGGUUACCUGGCGCUCCAAAACAUCGCUCUGCUGCACGGAUUCGUCCCACGGGGCAAGUUCGGCGGCGCAAUUUUCGUUUCCGGGCUGCCCGACUCACCGCCUUCACCGAUGGAGACCCUGCCCCAGGCCUACCUGUCCGCUUUAGGCACGAGCUUUUAUAAUAACAGUGGAGAGAGCGGAGGUGGGGCGGUGGCAAUAGGCAGUAAUGCGGCGGCGUUUUUCCACGGCGCCAAUUUCGCUUUCAACUCCGUUUUCAUGGACGCCUCUGGGAAGCAUCGAAGCAGGGGAGGCGCCAUGUAUCUGGGGGCACAGGCCGACAGGAGCAUAACAACCACCCAUGCCCCUCACAAAGCGCGGGAAUGCCCGCAAGGAGUGGGCUACACAAGCACCUCUCCCUGUGUGACUGUUCUCGACUCUCUCUUUGUUGCCAACUCUGCUGCUGUGGGCGGAGCCGUGUUUGUGGAUGGGAGCGACGCUGCCUGCCACAACGCAUCAUCAACCAACCAGGAUGUGAGCACACUGGGAGCCUCUCUCCACAUGAGCAACGUGCUGCUUGAGGCCAACACGGCUGCUGUGGACGGCGGGGCAGUGGCUGUGGGGUCUCAUGGCCAGCUUGGGGGGCGAGCUUCGUUCUCCACCGUCCGUUUCAAUGAGAACUCGGCUGGGAGGGAUGGGGGAGCGCUGUUUGUGGGAGGGGGCCGUCCCGAGCAUGCCGGCAGCACAGCCACUAUCUACCAUGCAGUUUUCCUGAAUAACACCGUUGGUGCCACUGCUGGGCCACCGCUCUCUACCCUGCCGACUUCCCUUCCCACUCCAACCGCCUUACCUCCUCCUCCUUGCGCUCGUCACCUGCGGGAGAAGCUUCCUAAGGAGCCACAACCACCAAGGUAUAAUGGGACAUCGGAAGGCAACGUGACAGGAGACCUGCACUUGGUGGGGCUGCAUGGGGAGCGACUUGACUUCCACGGCAAGCCUGGGGAGAGCUACUGCUUGCUCUCGGAUUCAGACAUCCACGUUAACAUGCGAUUCGUUGCUUGGGCACAUAACAGCACGACGUAUAUGGAUGAAGUCGGCAUACUGUAUAAAAACAAGGGGGCAGGCAGCAGUGAAGAUGAUUUGAUGGAGGUUGUUGUGGUUGCGCUGUCACAUCCCGGUGCAAGGGUUUCGGGUUUUCAAGGAGGGCUCUUCAUUAAUGGAGCCGAGUUGCCUAAUGUUGAUUUAACAGUCUCCAUGAGCAAUAAGAUGCUCAGAGUGGAUCGUACUAGCAGAUCCGUUCGGAUUCGCGUCACAAGUACAUUCGAUAUGACUAUUGACAUCAGAAGAGCAGCGUUCUAUCACAACACCGACAAAUGGGUGCACCAAAACCAUCUGAAUGUGAGCUCCUUAGAAAACGUAGCAAUGACCAAGGAAUGCAGUAAAGAGCAGCUGCUUCGGGCUUUAGAAGACCCCAGCCCGACCGCCUUUCUCGAGUUGACGCUUCGCCACGUGUCGAAGCAGGAUCCGUUGAACUUAAGCCACGUGGUAUCAGGUUUCAAUAGAAGCACCACUCCCCGCCUGUGCUCCGCUCUGCUCCACCUCACGACGCGCACGCUCGAUAAGGUGCUUCAGCUGAUCGCAGUACGCGACACGACUGCGUCGCAACACACGACUCCAAGCACCGCCAACGCCUCAACCGCUGCCUCCGCUAACGUUCCCGCGCAUGCCUCUGCUAAUGUCUCCGCACAUGCUUCCGCUAACGGCUCCGCUAACGUUUCCGCCAACGUCUCCGGGACAGCAGCAGCAGUGGCUUCAGCCGCGGGAGCUGCGGCAGCAGCAGCAGGAACAGUAGCAGGAGAAGCAGCAGCAGCGGGAUCAGUUUCAGGAGCAUCCUCGCAAUCCGAAUCAGAGGACGAAGCCCGCGCAGUUCUCCGGGGAAUUCUCACAAUAACGCGUCUUCUCUUAUCGGAGUCGUUUUCAGGAUCCGGGAGCGCGGUUACCCCGCCAGCUGACCUGCUGACCGUCUGCCAGUCGAUACACAACGUUCUUAUCGACUUGAGUGGUUUUGACCCAGUAGCACAGGAAGCAGCAGCUCGCGUGUUCGAAUCCUGGUGGCAGUCGGAUUUGAGAGGCAAGGACACCCUCAUCGCACAGACGCUUCCGUAUCUCCUCGCGAGAUCGCUUGAGCUCUCUCGACCAGUGGACGUGCGACGCGUGUACGCCAUGCGCGACGCGUUUUCGCAGCUUGAGUUCAGCCACGCGGAGAGCAUAGCCGGGACUCGCGGGCUGCUACUUAGGUGUCUCUUCGCGCCGGUGUAUUUGAAGACCACAGAAGGUCGGCGCUUCCUCUCCUUCUUUUUGCUUCUAGACCUCCAGCUCCUUAAAGAGUCCAUACUCAUUAUAAGGAAUCAGAUUCCAUCGGGAAGGAAGUCGCUGCUAGAAGCUUACGGCGAGGUAUUUUUCCGAACCUGGCGAUCUGCCGAGCCUGGCCCGAGCCUGUUGGAAAUCGAGUACGGCUUUCUGCAGGGGCUGAUCGAAGCUGCAGUCUUCGCUCGGACACCCGAGCUGGGAGCGGCGGUUCGGCGAGUGGUGGGCGGAUUCUCCAAUCAGAUGCUGCAACGUGGCGUGGACGAGCUGCUUCUGCGCGUAUCAGAGCCGAUCAUAUUCCGAAGCCUACAGGCCGCCAAUCCAGCUGUCCGCCGCAACGCCCUUCUCCUAUUGGCCGAGCUCUUCCCCCUCCGCGACCCGGCUCAAGGACGAGAGGCGAACGAGUCGCUCCUUAAUCGGCAGCUAUCGCUCCUCUUUGAUCGCCUCUUAAUGGAUCCCUGUCCCGCGGUUCGAGCCUCCGCUGCUGAGGUGGCAGGGCGUGUGCUUUGCGUCUUCUGGGAGGUUAUCCCGUCGAGCGUCGCCACGUCAGCGUUGACGCGGAUGGUUGACGAGCUGGCUGCUGACGUGGCCAGUCCCCUGGUGCGGAUGGCAGCAGUGCGGGCGGUGGGACACCUGUUACAGGGUAACCCGGUUUGCCAUGAGCUGUUACGGGGGAUGCUGCCGCGAAUGGCUGCGGGAUUGAGGGACAGGUCGCGUGGGGUGAGAGUGGCAGUGGCGGAAUUGCUUAUAACGGUGGCUAGUAACACCAGCAUAAGACUAAAAGAGGUUAUUUCAUCGGGCCAGCUCAUACAGGCUCUGGAGGAGCCCAACGAUCCAAUAGUAUCGCGCCACGUCACCCGCGUCCUCCUGCCGACUUACCUGCCGACCCACCUGCCCCCUGUUGCUGCUGCCGGCCGUUUUAUCACCCUGAUGCAGCGGUCUCUCCCUGCUGCUGCUGCAUUUGCGCGCUGCAGCUUCCAGGAAGGUGCGGGACUCGAAGCUGUGAUUGAAGCCGUGAGGGCUGUUGUAGACUUGUUGGUGAUUGUAACGGAUGGAGGGGAGGGAGGCGAGGGGAGAGGGGAGGUGAGAGGGGAGGGAAGAGGGGAGGAGAAAAAGGAGGGGAGAGGGGGCGGUGGUAAAGGGUGCAAGAGGAAGGGAAAGAGGAGGCGAGGGAGAGCGGGAGAGGGAGAGGAGGGGGCAGAUGGAACGGUGACAUGUGGGGAAGGAGGGAAGGUUAGAGGUGGGGAGGCUGCUUCUGGGGAGGGUGGAUCUAAGGACGAGAAGGAGUGUAGUAAGGAGGAGGAGAAGGACCGAGAGGUGAUGUAUCGUGUGGUGUUGGGGUUUGUUCAGGGAGUAAUGGUGGAGGGGGGAGGAGGAGGAGGUGGAGGAGGAAAAGGAAGCGGAUGCAAGGCCGGAAACAGGGGUGAAUGUGAAAGCUCAGAUGCAGCUGCAGCUAUGGCUGAUACUCUGGAUGCUCCUGCUCUCAAACGGUUGCUUCUCUCGGCACGCAGUGCAAGUCAACGGGCAGCGGUGCUGCGAAUCGCAGCCCUGCUGCCGCCCGUGUCAGUGGAGGAGCUUGCUGACGUGUGCCGGGAGGGGCUUCUGAGUGUGGGGCGGCAGAGAGAAGAGGGGAACCAUGAGGGAAUCAAUAAAGCGCUUGCGGAAAUCUCUGAUAAUCUCGCUGGUGUGAGGAUGGGUGAGGUGAUGGAGUGGAUGGAAGGGAGGAGGGAGGAGAGGCGGGAGGUGGAGGGUGUGGUGGUGCUGACACGCGCGUGGGGCGGGUUGGGUCAGCUGGUAGACGCGUUAGAGGUGUCUCUUGCUGCGGGUGUUGAGAGGGAGGUGGAGAGGAGAGAGCGGAGGGGGAACGGAAAGGAGGGGAAGGGAGGGGGGUCGGAUACGAUAGAGGAAGGAGAGGGAAGGGGCGGUGAGGAAAAGGAGGAGGAGGAAGAGAAGGAGGUGGAAGAGAUAUUACUUUCGGAUGAUGAAGAUGAGGAGGGUGGGGAGGAAGGCGAGGAGGGAGAGGGGGGGGAAGAGGAGGAGCUCACGGGGGCAAGAGAGGAGGCAGAGGUAGAAGAGGUAGAAGAGUUGGUGAAGGAAGAGGAGGUGGAGGAAGUGGAAGUGGAAGUGGAGGAGUUUGAGGAUGGGGAGACGAGAAAGGAGGAGGGAGAGGAGAAGGUGAUGGUUGGGGAGGAAGCUUUGCGGCGAGGAAACAGGCGUGUGACUCGGAGCAUGGGAGGAGGCAAGGAAGCUUCCAGGCAAUCAACUGAAAGCCCGUCAGUUGCAAAGGAUGGCACGGGGAAGAGGGGGCUAUUGGAGGGAGGGGGAGGGAAGGGAAAGCUAGGGAAGAGGCAGCAAGAAAAGAUAGGGCGAGGAAACAAGGUUCCUGGAAGGAAGAGAGGUGCUGCUGGUGUGAGAGAGGUCUAUAACGAGGAUGCAGCAGAGGGAAGUGAUUCGGACCAAUCAGAGCUUGCCAGCGAGGCAGCAGCCACUGUGAUGCCUCCUUGUGUGGUGGCCUACCGCCUGGAGAUUCUCCUGGGCCAAUCAGAAGCGAGAGCUGAGUUACUGCGCAUGCCCGGGGUGCCUGGGCGGCUGCUGGGCCUGCUGAGGACAGCUGUCGACGCGCAACUGGCCGGGAUGAGCGAUGUGGCGAAUGCUACUCCUGCUGCUGGCCCUGUUUCGGAUGGUUGUACUAGGACGGACUCAGAUGCUGCUGUGAAGGAUGAUCGUGCUGCUGAUGAGCAUGAUUUGGAGGUUAAGGAAGCAGAGUGGGUUCAAGGAGCGGCUCUGCGUGUGUAUGUGAAGUUGCUGGUGCUGAUGUGGAGUGAGAGGCAGCAGGAGGAGGAGGAGCUGGGACGGAGGGCGCAGAAGCAAGGACGGCAGGCGGACGACAAGGGGUGCUCCAGCCUGAGCGAGCUGUCAGAUGAUCUUCUCGAACUGAUCUCAACCGUCCAUGCAAAGCUGGCCCUGAUCUCACAAGCACACCAAACUCCCAGCGAAUCUCGACCGUCCAAGGCAAGCAGAGCUGCCAUCUGGGCCGUCGCUCCUUCCUUCCUGUCCACCCUCACUGCUGUCCUCGCAGCUUCCUACACUUCUCUCCUCCUCCCUAUGUUGAAGGUUCUGACUGCCGCUGGCCCUGCUGCUGGUGUUGCUGCCGCCACUGGUACUGGCCAACAAGAGGGGAAUGGGGAGGAGGUCCGGUGUCUGCAAGGAGAGGUGGAUGCUGCUAGUGCCUUGUUGAAGGGCUGUUUGGGGGGGAUUGAAGCGGAGGGGGGAGCUGGGGAUGGAGAAUGCAAGAACGAAGGGGGUUGUGGGGCGAGGAAUGCGGUUGGAGGUAAAGACAAUGAAGCAGGAGAUGUGGAGGAAGGGGAUGCAGGGGACGCAAGUGGGGAGGAGGGUGCAGGUGUGGCCGAUGGGUUGAAAGGAGGAUGUGAAGGAAGGGGGAAAGGGGGAUUAGCAAAGCAUGGGCCAGGGCAUAAGCGAACGGGUACAGCAUCUGACGAUGAUAACGGUGAAUAUCUUAAAGGGGAAGACCGUUUGGGUUUGGACUCCAAGUGUGCGAAUCACGUGGUCUUGUUUAGCAACAUCUGGGAGAACUCGGCUGUAGCAGCGCAAGCUGCGGGUGCGGCUGAGGCGGCUGUAGCCGAGGGGCCGGCGGGACGCGGAGGAGAGUGGGCGGGUGCCGGCGGAGUGGCGAAAGUACAGGCGAUGUUCGCACCACUGGGAAUUCAAGUCUCGUGGGUUGACGUUGGCGCUACGGAACGGGUGGUGGGGCCAGCAGCAGUCGAUUCGCGUGCGCAGGAUCGGCGUGAUAGUAACGAAGGGUGCAGAUCGGCCGCACAAGGAGAGAGCGCAGCGGCAAGGGAAGCGAAGAACGCGGCGUUGAACGCGGGCUGGUCGCUCUUGAGAUUAAAGCCGUAUAGUUCAGCAGGAGGAGCAGACUGUCACUUAAUAUCCGCCGUAUGGGAGGGAGUAGCAGGGAAAACGGAACCCUUAGCUGCUUGUCGGAUGUUGCUGCCUUGCAAAACGGCCGCAUUGGUAGGACGCAGUAAUCCCGAGGUUAAUGGUGGGGUUAAGGUUCUGGGUGGAUUGGGUGGAGGGCAGGAGACUCUGCCUUCAAACACCCAGGUGCAAUGCUUUUUGCGAGCGUACACCGUAGCUGCUGCGUCAGGCGUGGUAAAAGCCUCUUGCAAUGCUUAUAACGAGUACGAAGGCGAAUACGACGGUGCGGAGGGUACAGUCUCAAGAGCCAGUAGGAUUCUUUCCGGCAACGUGGAGCUGACUCUGCUAGACAUCCAACAGAGGGUAGAGGGUCCGCGGACAGAAGCAGCUGAGGCGCUUGCAGAGUGGAGCGCUGGGGCUGGAGGGGCGGAGGGGAUUGGUACGAGGGGUUCUGAUAGGGCAGGAGCUGCUCAGGACGAGCCGUUUCUCCAGUACGUGCUUCUGGAAAAGAAGCCCGCGGUGACAGGCGGUGGUUUGGCAAAGGAGCCGCAAGGGGAGCUGUUUGGGGUUCUUCUGAGGUUUUUGGAGGGGGAGGGGCUGGAGGCGCAUGUUUACGUGAAGAGCAAGCGGGUGUCGUGCGCGGGGAUCAUUGCGCCGUUCGCUGGCCAUGCGGCCGUGUUGAGGAUCCGCGAUUGCCCGACUUUGCUGGGUCGCCAGCGGCGUAAGCCUGAGAAGCCGCUGAGGAAGCCAGAAGGGGCUAGGCAGAAUCGCAGCCGGGGUUUCCCGGUGUCUGGCCGAGGCUGUGCGAAGCGGAGGCUCCAGGAACGGCAUCAACAGGGUUACCAGCAGGAGGGUUACCAACAGGCGAAGAUUCCCCGUAGUGGUGCUGGCGAGAAGAAGGGAAGGGCGGAUGGGGAAGGUGGGAGUGGGAGAAAGACUGGUGUAGAGAGGGUGCGGCAUAGACUGCGGAAGGGGGAGGAGGAGGAUGAUAAGGAGGUGGUGAGUGGCUGUGGAGGCGUGUGGAAAAGGGAGGAGGGAGAAAAACGACGUUCUCUGGAAGAAAGAAAGCGGUCAAGAGCGGAGGGAUGCCGAGAGAGGAAUGAUAAGAAGGGUGGGAGGGUUGAGAGGGCUGAGAGGGAAGCUUAUGGGACAGGCGGAAGGGAGUCUGAGUGGGAGGUUGGAUUGCAGUUAGUAGUGUUUUCAGAAGCAGACAGGCAGGAUACGUGGGGGGAGGCAGAGGGACGGUACGGGGGGGUUGAAGGGGGAGCGGGCGGGAUGGAGGGGGACGCGGAGGAGGAUGAGGGGUCGACGGGGGAGUGUGAGGGGGAAGGGGAGAACGAGACGGAUUUCGUUAUAGGAACACAGGCGUCGCAGGUUGCAGGGGAGGGGGAUGGGCGGCAAGCCGUGGCAGGGGCGGUGUGGGAACGGAGUAACGGACAGGAGAGGGUGAGCGUGCAUGAAUGGGAGGGUUCUGAAUGGGGCUUAGGGGCCAGUUUUGGCCAGAAGCGGCUGGGAAAGGCAGAAAGGGGACAAGGAUUUGAGAGGGAAAGAGCGGCUGAAGGGGGUGGGAGUGUUGAUAUCUGCGAGAAUGGCAGCACAGGUUACAAUAACGAUGCUGCUUGUAACGAGAAAACGGAAGGCUCGUGCAGGAGAGUCGCGUUGGGUGAUGACGUGGCAUGGGAUGAAGCGAGGGAGUAUGAGGAAGCUGAGCUGGAGUUCCUGCUGAGUCAGCAAGAGAGUCAGCCAGGUGGCGGGGAGACUGGGAGAACGGCAUGUGGGGACCAGCUGACGUGUCAUGAGGUGGCGCGAGCAGCAGAGGGUGGGGACCACAUGACGCGGCUUACAGCCAUGCUGACUCAUACCUGGGCGGCAGCGAGGGGGGGACAGUGGAAGGUGCAGGGGGCCACGGCUGGAAGGACAGGAAGAGGGUUAAGAAUGGAUAAGAUUAGAGCAGAUGAGGAGAAAACAGAGCAGACUCAGGAGCAGGAGCAGGGCAGGGAAAAGGGAAGAAGAAGGGCGGUGGGGGAAGGACAAGGGGUAGUCAGAGCACAGGAGCGAGCACCAGGUGAAGAAGGGUUGCAGAUGGUGCUGUGGGGUGGAGCAGGAAGGGACGGGGGAGGGGCUAGUGGGGAGGUUGGGAAGACGGAGGGUUCUGGCCGUGUUGAUUUGAGCGUGGGUGUGUCUGGUGGGAAGAGUGCAGCGGAGGGCAAGGGUGAUCGGGAGGGCGUGGGGGAGCGGAUGGGAGAGCGCUUGGGGGAGGGUUUGCCAAAGGAACGGGACUCCACCGUGGAUUUUAGACCCAUCGAGCGAGCUGACAGGCUGGCAGAACGCGUGGCUGACGUGCUGCAUGACGUGGCAGCGGAUCUGUACAGUGCUGCCGUGGGAUUGGUGCGGGAGGCGCGACGGUUGUUUCGAGAGGAGGCGGCAGGGAAGGGGAGCGGGGGAGAGGGGAUCGAAUCAGUUUCUGGGAGACAGAUGGACGAAAGGGGGAUAGAGACGCAGAUGGAAGAGGGGGAAACUGGGCGAAGGAUCGAUGAGGAGGAAGUGGAAAAGCGGGUGCACGAGGCUCUUCUGUUGGGCAAGGCGGAUUUGCAGCGGCAGUUCCCGUUGGGUUGCUGUGCUGACACACAUGAGAUCUCGAGACCAGGGGAGCCGGGGCCGCCCACACUGGGGGAUCGAGUGCGAUGGUUUCCGUUGGGUCGCUGUGCUGACACGCAUGAGAUCUCGAGAGCAGGAGAUACAGGGCCGCCCACACUGGGAGAUCGAGUCCGAUGCCACGAGCUGCAGAUCCUGCUGCGUCUGGAGCUGCUGCCCUGCGACCUCCCCUCGCACCCCCUGGUGUCCCGAUUCGCCAAGCAGACCCGCACGCUGCUGGAGAGGGUGAAUCUGAGCCGAGAGGGCGGCGUGUUUGGGGAGAGCCUGGAGGAGUAUGUUCGGCGACUGCUGUGCUCCAGGUACCGCACCAAGUGCCCCAACUUCCUCUCUCAGUUCUCUUCUUCUCCAAGCCUCCCUUCCAAAGCAGCCCCUUCAUCGCCCUUUAACCAACCCCUGCUCACGUCUAUUUCCCUCUCUGUCCCUUAUAACAUUCCCUCUGACCCUCUCAGGUACCGCACCAAAUUUCCCAACUUCCUCUCGCUCCUCUUCUCCAAGCUUCGCUUCCAAAGCAGCCCUCUCAUCGCCCCUCCUCCCCCCCCGGCUGUAGCACGAGCCAACUACCACCCAGGGGCCCCAGAGCCCACUACAGCCGUCGAUCCCCCAGAGGCAGGCGGGAAUGCUGGCCCUCCCGAGAAUGCUGCACGGGGAGGGAGUGCUGGUUCGGAUGGGCAUGCUGGGAUGGAAGAGGGAGAUAAUGCUGCUGCGCACGCCACGAUUGUGCGUGAUCUGUCGCGUGCCUUUGAUGCUGUGGCGGGGGGAAGGGAGGGACGGGAGGGGGAGGAGGAGGAGGAGCAGCAGGGGCAGGAAGAGGCUGCAGAAGGAGAGGAGGGUAAGGAGGAUGGAGAGGUGGGGGAGGAGGAAGAGGGAGAGGUGGUGGGGGAUGAGGAGCAAGAGGAGGGAGAGGAAGGCGAGGAAGGAGAGGAAGAGGAGGGAAAUCUGGGAGUGAAGCAGAAGGAGGGAGAGGAGGAAGGAGAGGAGGAGGGAGAAGUGGGGGACGAUGAGCAGGAGGAGGAGCAAGAGGAGGUGCAAGAGGAGGAAGAGGUAUCAUUCAAUGGGGUAUCGGUGCGGGUUCGAUUAGGGUCUGGCGCCCGUGGCCCAGUGCAACAGAGAGGUGGGUUAGGUCGAGCUUACCAUGUUUCUUCCGCCUUCCAGGGGGAGAGGCAGCGGCAGAAACAGGGGGAGAGGCAGAGGGGAAGACAGGGGGAGAGGCAGGGGGAAAGGCAAGGGGAGAGACAGGGGGAGGGGCAAGGGCAGAGUUGUCAGGAGAAGCCACGGCAGCAGUCACAGGGGUUUCAAAAGCCACGAAACCGCCAGCAACAGCAGCAGCAGCAGCAUCAGCAGCAGCGCCUGUGGAGUGAGGCUGGCGCGGAGUCUUCUGGCAACUGCUCUGCUGGUGCAGGCAUGCGCAGCAGUGCUUUUGAGGCGCCUCUGAAGUCGUCUCAGUACUCGGGAAAAUGCUCUGGUGGGGGGAUGAAUGUGCGGGGCAGUGUGGGGGCCACUGGGCGGUGCAGUGGUAGUGUGGACAGGAGGUCGGGUAGCUGUGCCCCUGCUGCUCGGGGUUUACUGGGACCAAUGGGACCAUACAGCCGCCGUGUACCAGCUGAUAGCGCUGCUGCUGCUGCUGCUGCUGCUGCUGCUGGUGCUGCUGGUGCUGGUGUUGGUAGUGUUGGUGCUGCUGGGAGUGCUGGUACAGGAGUGCAUGUCGGGGUCCCUCGUACUGCUCCUGGUAACGCCCCUGUGGACGUGGCGAAUAUGACCAAUCGGGCGGCGAGGAUUCUGAAAGCUGCAGCAGCUGCUGCUGGUGGCGGCACUGGCUUAAAGGUUACUGGAGCAGGCGUAUCUGGUGCAGGUGUAUCUGGUGCAGGUGCCACUGCAUUUGCAAACCUGGGAAAGAAUAGGCUUGGGACCCAAGAAGGUGGGAGGGGAGGGGAUGGCGGAAGGGGAGGAGGAAGGGAAGGAGGAAGAGGAGGAGGAAAAGGAGGGAGAAGGGAUGGUGAAAAGAAUAACGACGCGGCUGACUGUGUUACCUCCUGCUAUCGGGGUCCCUUGGGGGAGUCUGGAGGGGUGGAAAAGGAGGGAGGGCGAAAGGUGCCCAGAUGCAGUGGAAAGUUUGUUGGUGAUGUGGGGCGGAGUAGGAGAGGGGAGGGAAAAGAGAAGGGGGAUAGGAGGGAGAAGAGGAAGGGGGAGACGGGAGAGGAGCGAAGAGAGGGGUUGGAGGUUGUGGGGGAUGCUGCCUGUGCUAAGCCUCCUGCUGCAGACAUUUUCUUAGACUCCCUGGCAGACAUGCUGCUGGGGGAGAAUGGUGCCGCUGCCCCAGCGCCGCUGACUGCUACUGGGGUGGGGAAAGGGAAGGAGGUGGAAGAGGAGGAGGAAGUGAAGGAGGUAGAAGGGAAGGACGAAGGGAAGGAGAUGGAAGGGAAGGAGCAUUCAGGAGAAGAAGCCGAGGCGGUGGGAGCACGGAUGAGUCUCAGGCGCGGACGCAAGUCUGGGAAUCCUCGUAAGCUGGUCCCAGAGCGGCCUAAGGGGGUGGGGAAAGUGAAGGGGGGAGAAGUGGAACGUAGGAGGGGAGGCAAAGCCCAAGGGAAGGCGAAUGAAGAAUGUGAGAAUGGAAUAAUUGGUUCCCCUCGUUGCACGCGGUCACGAGGGAGAGUAGAGGAGGCUUUUGAGGCGCCACAACAGAAGCAAGAAUGUGAGAAAGGAAAGAAUGGUUCCCCUCGCUGCACGCGGUCACGAGGGAGAGUAGAGGAGGAAGAGAAGGAGGAGGUGGAAGAGAAGGAAGAGGAGGUAAAGGGGGAAGAGGAGGAGCGAAGGGAGAGGAGAAGUGGCAAUGGAAAGACGAGGAAUUCAAAUCAAGGGGCAAGAAAGAAGGGCGACGCUGCGGUUGGGGGUCCUUCCUUGCACCACACUCGAUCACGAGGGGGGGUGGAGGAAUGUGAGAAUCCGGGCAGGGGAAUGGUUACACGACAGCGGAUGGUUACGAGGGCUAGUAUGCAGGGCAUAGCUGGAAAGCGCGGGGUGCAGAUAGGAGAGAAGAAGCGAGGGCAGGGGGUGAGGCGAGGAGUGGGAAGAGGAGGGAAGGGAAGGGGGGGAAGGGUGCGAGGUGAGAGAGGGGAUAAGGGGGCGGAACAGGUGGAAGGGGGAGAGGGGGAAAGUGAAGUGGAAGAGGUAGGAAAGGAGAUGGAAGAGGAAAGGAAAGGACAGGAGGAGAAGAGAGAGGAGGAAGCGAAGGGAGGGGAGGAGGAGAAAGGGGAGGAUGAGAUGGAAGAGGAAGAGAAGAGCGAGGAGGAAGGUCAACGGGAGGUACAAGAGCAGGGAGCUGGGAACGGGAGGCACAGCGAGGAGGAAGGUCAGGGGGAGGUAUGGGAGCAGGGAGCUGGGUUGAAGGGAGGUGAUAGAGGGAAUGAUGAUGGGGGGAACGAUGGGGAAAAGGGCGGGGGAAACGACAGUGGGAACGAUGGGGAGAAUGACGGAAAGGGAGGUGAAAAUGGUGGGAAGGGGACAGAGGGAGCGGAAGAGCAAGGUGGGGAAGAGGAGGGGGGGAAGGAAAUGGGGAAGGAAGGGGGAACUGCGGAUGGGGAGAUGGAAGAAGGGCAUGGGAGUGGGGAAAGGGAAGGGGAAGGGGAAGAAGGGGAGGAGAUGGGAGAAGGAGAGGAAAGGGAACAGAGAGUAGAAGAGUGGGGAGGGAAUGAGGGAGAGGAUGCUAAGAAGGAAGAGAAGGACUUCAGGAGUGGGGAGAACGGAGAGUGUGAGAAUCAUGAGCAGCGGGUGGUGGGGAGAAAGGAGGAGAGGGAGAAGAAAAGGGCUGAGGAGGAAAGGGAGGAGAAAAUAGAGGAGGAGAAACGAGAAGAGGACAUGUGGGAGGAAAUGGAGGCAAGUAUAGAGGAGGGGAGGACGGAGGACGAAGAGAAAGGAAGGGAUGAAGAGAAAGGAAGGGAUGAAGAGAAGAAGUUAGUGGAUGGAACUAAUGGUGAGGGAGAGGCGGAGGCGGAGGAGGAGACGGAGGAGGAUGGGGAGGCGAAGGAGAAAGAGGAGGAGGAAGAGGAGGAGGAGGAGAAGAAAGACGAGGAGAAAGAUGCGGGGGAAGAGGAGAAAGAGGAGGGGGAAGAAGAGGGGGAAGAGGGGGCGAAAGAGGAGGCGAAAGAGGAGGAUAGAGAGGCAGAAAACGAGAGGGAGGAAGAGGAAGAUGAGAAUGGGGAGGCAGCAGGGGUGAAAGAGGAAGGGGAGGAGGAAGGGACGGGGGGUGGGGAUGGGUCGGAGGUUGGGGAAAGGGGCCAAGGAAAGGGAGAAGCUGCGGGUGAGGAGCAAGGAGAUAAGGAAGAUGAAGAGGAGGUAGAGGAAGAGAAAGGGGAGGAGGAGGAAGAGAAAGGGGAGGAGGAGGAAGAGAAAGGGGAGGAGGAAGAGAAAGGGGAAGAGGAGGAGGAGGGUGAGGAAGGGAACGAGGGUGAGCAAGAAGGUGAAGGGGAGGAGGGUGAGAAAAGGGAAGAGAGAGAGAAGGCAAGGAAAGAAGAGGUGGAAGGAGAAGAAGGGAAAAAGGGAGAGGAGGAGGUGGAGGAAGGGGAAGAGGGAGAGGAAGUGGAGGAAGGGAAAAAGGAGGGGGAGGAUUUUGAGGGGGAAAAGGGACAGAAGGAAAUGAAAGAAGAGGUGGAGGAAGGGGAAGAGGGAGAGGAAGUGGAGGAAGAGAAAGAGGAGGGGGAGGGUGAUGAAGGGGAAAAGGGAGAGGAGGAAGGGAAAGAGGAGGUGGAGGAAGGGAAAGAGGAGGUGGAGGAAGGGAAAGAGGAGGUGGAGGAAGGGGAAGAGGAAGAGGAAGUGGAGGGAGGGAAAGAGGAGGUGAAGGAAGGGGAAGAGGGAGAGGAAGUGGAGGGAGGGAAAGAGGAGGUGGAGGGUGAUGAAGGGGAAAAGGGAGAGGAGGAAGGGAAAGAGGAGGGGGAGGAAGGGAAAAAGGAGGGGGAGGAAGAGAAAGAGGAAGGGGAGGAAAGGGAGGAAGGGGAGGAGGGAGAGGAAGUGGAAGAAGGGAAAGAGGAGGUGGUGGAAGGGGAAGAGGGAGAGAAAUCGGAGGGAGGGAAAGAGGAGGUGGAGGGCGAGGAAGGGGAGAAGAGAGAAGAGGAAGGGAAAGAGGAGGGUGAGGAAGUGGAAGAGGGAGAGAAGGAAGACAGAGAGGAGGUGGAAGAAGGGGAAGAGGGAGAGGAAGUGGACGGAAGGAAAGAGGAGGUGGUGGAGGGCGAGAAGAGAGAAAAGGGAGAGGAGGAAAGAAAAGAUAAGGAGGAAGCGGAAGAGGGAGAGGAAGUGGAGGGUCAGGAAGAAAGGGUCCUGAACUUAGUGGAUGGUAUUGAGGAAGGGGAGGAGUGUGAGAGAGGGAAAGAGGCAGAGGAGGAAAGGGAAGAGGAGGUGGAGGAAAGGGAAGAGGAGGUGGAGGAAAGGGAAGAGGAGGUGGAGGAAAGGAAGGAGGAGGCGGAGGAAGGGAAAGAGGCAGAGGAGGAAAGGGAAGAGGGGAUGGAGGAAAGGAAAGAUAAGGAGGAAGGGGAAGAGGGAGAGGAAUUGGAGGAAGAGGAAGAAAGGGUCGUGAACUUAGUGGAUGGUAUUGACGAAGGGGAGGAGUGUGAGAGAGGGAAAGAGGCAGAGGAGGAAAGGGAAGAGGGGGUGGAGGAAAGGAAAGAGGAGGUGGAGGAAAGGAAGGAGGAGGCGGAGGAAGGGGAAGAGGCAGAGGAGGAAAGGGAAGAGAAGGUGGAGGAAAGGAAAGAGGAGGUGGAAGAGAGAAAGGAGGAGGCAGAGGAAGGGGAGGAGGGAGAGGAGGAAAGGGAAGAGGAGGUGGAGGAAAGGAAAGAUGAGGUGGAGGAAAGGAAGGAGGAGGCGGAGGAAGGAGAAGAGGGAGAGGAGGAAGGGAAAGAUGUUGACGGUGAGGGUGUGGAAGAAGAGCUCCUGAUUGCAAUGAAGGAUAUCGAGCAAGGGGAGGAGAAUGCGGACGAGGGAGAUAACGAGGAAGAGAGAGAGGAAGAGGGUCGGGAGAUAGGGCAAGGAGAGGAGGAAGCGGAAGUGAAAGCGGAAGAGGGUCACGAGGAAGAGCAUGGGGAGGAGGAAGCGGAAGAGGGAGAGGAAGAAGGAGAGGAAGAGGGAGAGGAAGGAGAGGAAGAAGGAGAGGUUCAGGAGAUCGAGGAGCGAAUUGAGAAAGCGGGAGUUGGAGUGAGAGGGAAAUUUGGAGUAAGCUUUGGGGAGAGAGAAGAGCAGCGAAAUGGGGAAGGGCAAGAGGGAAGUGAGGAGGAAGAGGAGCAGGAAAGGAAGGAUGAGUUGGCAAACGAGGGAGCGGAAGAGGAAGAGGAAGAGAGAGAGGGAGAGGCGAAAGAAGAAGAGGGAGGACUGGAGGAAGAAGGUGUGGUGCAUCGAGCGUCAGAGAAGGAGCGAAGGGAGAUGGAGCAUACAGAGGAUGAUGAAAAGCAGCAGAAGGGGAGGGAAACUGGGAAGGAGGGGGGGGAGACUGAGGGAAGUGGAGAGAAGCAGUGGGGUGAACAGGCGGAGGGAGAAGGUGGGGAGGGGGAUGAGGGUGUGGGAGGGACGGUGGGAUGCAGGAAAAGAACAAGGGAAGAGGGCAACUGGGGCAGGGGAGGGGGCGUGGAAGGGGAGAGGCAGCCUGGUUGUAUGGAAGCUCAUGGGGUGAAAGAGCGAGGAGAAGGGCUGCAUGCAGGGGCAGAAGGGUUACUGAAGGACGGAUUUGCGGAAGGGAAAGGGGGAGGAGCAGGAGAAGAAGCAGGAGCAGGAGGAGGAGCAGAAAUGGAGAGUGGCAGUGCAAGGUCUCCUGUUAGAGAGAAGGACGAGGGGGUUGGAGGGAGGAAGAAGAAGAAACAGAAGAGGCGAGAAUCUCAGGGCAACGUAGCAACAGUUGUUGAGUCGCCUCAAGGAUCGUCUCAGCACACGAAAAAGAAGACAGUGCAGAGCGGCAAAGCAGCGGGUGUUCAUUCCCCUCAGGGAUCGUCUCAGCACACAAAAGGGAGGGCAGUGCAGAGGAAUGUAGCAGCACUUGUUGAUUCCCCUCAGGGACCGUCUCAGCACAUGAAAAAGAGAACAGUUCAGAGCGGCAUAGCAGCGCUUUUCCUGAAAAGGUCUGGUAAGAAGCCUGUGAGUCAGUCGAGAGAUGGGGGUGUGGGAGGGGAGGGUGCGGGUGUGGCGGAUAUGGGAGCAGGGGGUGCGGGAGUGGGGAGCGUGGGAGAGGCAGAGACAGGGAGCCUGCGGCAGGGGGUCAUGCAGGAAGCAACGUGUGGGGAGGAAACAGCAACGGGAGUGAGUGGGGUGGCUUGUGCGAAGGCAGGUGGGGGGGGUGCAGGAACAAGGACGGGAGGGGGUGGUGCUGGGGGAAAUGCAGAUGCGAAGGCAGGAGGGGGGAGUGCAGGAACGAGGACGGGAGGGGGUGGUGCUGGGGGAAGUGCAGAUGCGAAGGCAGGUGGGGGGAGUGGGGGGGCAAGGACGGGUGGAGGGAGUGGGGGAAGGAAGACAAGGGGGCGGUUGCAGGAUAUUCGACAGUGGUUGGGAGUGGUGGUGGAUGGCGGGAAGAGGUUGGAAGAAGGGAAGGGAGAGAGAGGAGGGCUGGAGGGAAGGAAUGGAGAGGGACAGAGAGGAGGGCAGGGAGGAGGGGAUGGAGAGGGACAGAGGCGAGGGGAUGGAGGAGGAGAGGGAGGAGAGGGAGGAGGGCAUAAAAGGAAGAAAGCGUCGAAGGGGGGAGAGGAGCAGGAAGCGUUGGAGAGGGGAGGGCAGGAAGAAACCGGGAAGGGGCUUGCUUUGAGGCGCCUCAUAUCACAGGAGGAGUGGCGGAUGGAGCCUCAGGCCGUAUCAUCUUCCCUCAACAGCAACAGCAGCG